GUUUUUCUUCACUCAGGCAACCCUUCCACACUCACUUAUACUUCUUAUUUCUCCUGCGCGCGGACAUUUCAGCCGGAGCCGCCGGGACCCGCAGCACGAGACGCGCUAAAAUAUCUACAGACAUGUUGGAACACACGAGCCUAAGAGACUUAUUUCGGAUUUUACUGCCAUUAUUGUGCUUUUUCCAUCAAAUGCCUGGUGCUGAAAACUAUAUACAGAUUGAUCCAUCAAGCCUUGUGGUACGAUUCGGGAGUCCUGCAUCUGCGAAUUGUAGCACGAAUGUCACACAUAAUAACAUGGGCUGGGAAGCAAGUCAGGGAUCAAUAGACAAGACCUUCAAUGUAACACUCAUUACCUGGAGUGUGGAGCAACUUGACAAGUGGGAUAUAAAGCCACUUUGUUUCAUAAACGGCGAGGAGCAAGAUAUGAAGAGUCUCACAGUAACUGUAUACAAGCCUCUAGAUCAAGUGACCCUCAGCACAGAGAAUCACACAAUGACUGAAGGCAGCCAGUACAAUCUAAUUUGUGAAGUCCUGAAUGUUGCGCCUGUUUAUCUCCUCACUGUGAGCUGGUACAAAGGAGGAGUGCUAAUAAAACAGGAGAACUUUUCUCAUGAGAAUGAAACCAAAAAUCCAGUUAAUAAAACUGUGACACUUCAGAUUUCUCCAAAUAGAACUGAUGAUGGAGUUCAGUACAGUUGUGAGGCAGAGCUGAAAUUGGGCCCAGAAGGACCUCAACCUCCUCCUAAAAUGAAAUCAGAUUUUCUCAACAUUACAGUGCACUACGGACCUGAGUUUUCAAACUGUCCUGGAGUUGUGGAUCUGAAAGAGGGAACGAGUCUGACAGGCAUCUGUGACGUCACAGGAAAUCCAUUUCCACAUUCCACCUGGAAGAAAGAUGGGUCUACCAUUGACCCUGCCAAUCCACUUAAAAGGACCUCAGCUGGAAUGUACGAAAUAAUCGUCAGGAAUAUUCAGAAGAGCCUGAUGGUGAAUGUGAUUUAUGGACCCGAGCUUUCAUGUGGACACAGUUAUACAGUCCGCGAGGGUAAUGAAUUUAAUCCUAACUGCUCGGUUGUAGGUUAUCCAUCAUAUAAUAUGUCCUGGGAUAAAAAUGGAGCUGUAGAUUUCCCACUAAGAAUGCAAAAGGGGGAUGCGGGGCAAUACACCCUAAUAGUAAGCAACAACGUGAACUUCAUCUUACAUGCAGUGGAAAUCAAUGUCUUGUAUCAGCCAUCUAGUAUUUCAGAACUGCAUUCAGCAAAUGUAUCUAUUGGUGAAGAUGUUGUGCUCAAGUGCGCUUCUAACGGCAAACCCCGGCCCAGAUAUAAAUGGAUCUACCAUCAUGCAUCUAAUGUACAAAUCACGGACCAAGAUGGCGUGUCUCUGCUACACAUAAAACAUGCUGGAGGAGCCAACAUUGGCACGUACUUGUGUAUCGCAUACAACGAUCUGGGAAAACAGAGACAGGAGGUCAGAGUUCAUGUUGAAGGUGCAGAGCAAGAAUGUCCACUUUCCUUAAGCUCGCACCAUGUGCUGGUGGAGUAUGGUGAAACUGUGAACGUGAAAUGUCUAUCAUCUGUGUCUAAUGCAACACUGAAAUGGAGAUUCAGGGACACGGAGGUUAAUAAUGACACCUUGGUAAUUGACUCUGCUUUGGAUUACUUGGACUGGAAUCUAAAUGCAACGUGCUACGGAAAUUUUGUGGGACUUGGUGGUUGUAGUAAAGAUUUAAAUAUUACCAUUUACAAACAUCCAGAAAAGGUGUCCAUCAGCAUCAAAAAUCACUCCGGGCCAAUGAUCGAAGGCAAUAGCUAUAUGCUCCAGUGUGACGUACAAAACACUGGUCCUCUAGAACUCCUCACUGUGAACUGGAACAAAGUAAAAGGUCAGACGGGAAAUGAAGAUUUUAUCAAGCCCAGGAUUCUAGCUAAUGAAAGUACGACACUCACGAUCUCCCCGAGCAGAAACGAUACAUCGUACAGUUGCUCAGCAGAGCUGAGACUGGGAGAAAAAAACUCUCAUAUAAUCCGAUCAAAUCCUCUCUACAUUGAAGUUCACUACAAACCGACUAUAUGGAAAAAUAUACCAGGAGUGGUCCCCGUGUUUUACGGCUAUUCGGAGAAGCUCUAUUGUAACGCCAGUGGAAAUCCAAAACCCACGAUCACAUGGUUCUACAAAAACAAACAAACAAGUGGCGAAAACCUGACGGUAAACGAGCAAGGAGUGUAUACCUGCGUUGCAGACAAUUCUGUUGGGAAUGACACCAAAGUGAUCAGUGUGGUCAUAGAAGAUGCUCGUUGCGAGCUGGUGCUCAGUCCUCCUGAACUGCUUGUGGAGUACGGAGCUUCAGCCUCAGUGGACUGUUCCACUGCCACUCCAAGCACCCAUUUUAGCAUGGGCUGGAAGGUGCCUCAGGGAGUAGUGCAUGUGAUGAAAGAUGUCCAGCUCAUCACCUGGAAGGUGGAAACCCUCAUGCACUGGGACAUACAGCCUAUAUGUUUUCUCAACCCAUUGUCAACACAGUGUUUCGUGAAGCUCCCAGUAACUGUUUACAAGCUUCCAGACCGGGUGUCCAUCAGCAUCGUAGGUCACGAAGGGCCGAUGAUCGAAGGCAAACAGUAUGAACUCCAGUGUGAUGUUUACAACUUUGCUCCUGUUCACCUCCUCACUGUGAACUGGUACAAAGGACAACAUCUAGUGGCAAAAACCUCAUUUUCUGACUCCACCAAAACUCCGGUGAAUCAGUCCACCAGAUUCCACAUGUCACUUAACAGAGAUGACGAUGGAGUUCGCUACUGGUGUGAGGCCGAGCUGAAACUGAGCAGGACGAGAGCUGGAGCUCAAACUCCUUUCGAAGUGGCAUCACAGGUUCUUGGCCUUACUGUACAUUACAGCCCACAGGUCAGCAGUGGAGUAGAGAUCUUCAACGAGACAACCGAAGACAUCGUAUUGAACUGCACAGUGACGGCAAAUCCUCCUCCGAGGUAUACGUGGAACUCGACAAACCUGGGGAAGGAAUUUAAUAUCGGACAUCCAGUCCUCGUUUUAUCGUCUCUAAGUUCAGGGAACUACACUUGCACGGCGUCGAACGGAAUCGGCAGCGUCAGCAAACUGUUCAUUGUUCAAGCCAAACCUAGAGGUGGAAAUCGUACCACUUUUUGGGCGAUCGUCGGACCCUUUGUCGGACUGGCUGUGGUGAUGAUCGUUGGCUACGUGUUGGUCAAAAAGAGGACUAUCAAGAAAUGAGACUUCACAGAUGAUUUUUAAAAAAAUAUGAGCGAUUACAUACACAGGAAGAUCACCUGAAUUCACCACUUCAAAGACAAUCAUUUGACAAGGUUGCGUUUGAUUCAACACCGGUGACUUCAUCGUGUGAGUAAGCACCAUUGUGCCGGAUGGAAAAGCUACACUUAGAGAAUGAAGAUCCAUCUAAAAACCCCAAAGGGCUUUUUAGUUUUACAAAAUACUUUGGGAAAAUACUUUUAAGAAGAUCCGAUUAUCUUUUCAAGAUCACUUGUUUAAAGAGUUUAUGGGCAGGUAGAUCCAUAUCUCCAUGUUUUUACUGUGAAUGUGCCUCAGGCGGCCUUGGAGACGGCAGUACUUGAGCCGAGCGUUUGCCCUGUUUUUUUUUUUUUUUUCGCUUUUUUUUUCUUUAACGUUUAUUUUUAUUUUGUAAUACUCGAUUUUAUUUAUCUUGUAUUGAAUUCAUUAUUUAUUAGAUGUGUAUUAUUAUCUAAUGUGUCUCGUCUGGUUUCAGGCUUGUUUAACCAAAGUUGCUGUAAGUGUGUAGAUAUAACCAGUCAGUUUGACUCCAGCUUUCUCACUUUAUCUCAAUUUCUUGUUUUUUCGUGUUCCGUUAAUCAAAAGUUAACUCUAAACUCUAUCGAAUCAAAUCAUUUCAGUAACGAAUCAUUGUAAUUACGAUUCUCGACUUCUCUCAGAACUUCCGAUCGGGUGGGAAUUUCUCCUGCGGUUCUUUAUACGUUCGUUUCUAUACGUUUAUAGCGAGUGACUCACUUCUUCUUAGGUCUGUGCUGCUGAGCCUGUUCGUAACACCUCAUUUAGAGAAACUCUUCCAAUGUAUUUAACAUACUGUCAUUUUUUUAGUGUAUUGUAUUGUAUUUAGAAGUAAAGUAACCUUCUAUUCAACUGUGGAUCUUUUCCAUAUGCUUUAUUUAAUCCAAAUCUUACCUAAAUACUAAUGUGCAGAAGAACGUACUUUUUUAAUCAAGUACGCCUUCCACAAAGGUCACUUUAUAGCGUACACAUAUUUACUGACUGUAGCUCGGCUGCCGCUGUGUACGGUACGCGCUAAGCCUGUCGUUCAGCAGAUAUUAUUUGGGAGAUUCUAGCAUAGCAAUGAGACUGAAAUGAUAAUGUGUGUUGCAGGUAGUUUUUCAGACAUACCUACCUUGUUGCUCAUUUGUUUCAUUUCCCCUGAGGAACUGCUGCACCUUUUUUUCCUUGGAAGUGACAUUGAAGUUUUCCAAAUCCCAGCAAGGCACACUUUAAGAUGUGAAUCUUAAUAUGUGAAAGAUGUGAAUACUUCUGAAAAGUACUUGAUCUUUUUGUUUUUCAUGUAUUUUUAUGGUUUUAGCUGUUCAUCGUAGGUCAGAAAGUUGUUUGGUGUGCACUAGAUAGUUAUACAUCAUCACAGCAUUGCAUUAAAGUAUUAACGUGAUCACGAUGCAAAAGGAAAGAAAAGAAUUUUUUGUCUUGUAUUUUUUAAUCUUUUAGAGUUAGAAAAUUGGUUACUCAGUUUAUUUGAAAUAUUCUGCUAAAUAAAAUACUGUUA